AUGGACAAAUCAAUAAAGCGCUUCUGCCAAGUCGAUCCGAUGGAGUUCUUCGCUUAUCCACCCAAAGAAGCACCUCUUCCGCCGCCAACACUGGAGCUGCACGUCUAUCCACCAUUUGCCGAAUUUAUCGAAUUUGGUGGCGCAUCAAAACAUGUUUUGACUAAUGCCGGCUCCUCGCGAAUGGUGUUCAAAGUGAAAUGUAGCAAUAAUUCUUUAUUUAAGGUUUCACCGGUGUACGCUUUUCUCGAUCCUGGCGCUUCUAUGGAUUUACAGAUUCUACGACAAGAAGGUCCCACCCGUAACGACAAACUAAUUAUCAUGUAUAAAGAAGCGAAGAGGUCUGAAAAGGAUCCGAAGAAAUCGUUCGAAAACGAAGGAGUCACUGCUAAAAAAGUGAUUCCAUUGAUCACGCGUGAUGUCGAGGAAGGUUAG